GCAACAUCAGGACCAACCUCAACGUCUGCUUCUCGGAUCCGACCGUGUGAGAGGAAUGUUAUCGUAAAUCAUCACGAUAAAAAGCCCAGGAAGAGCCACGUUACCAAGGGGGAAGAUACCCAGAGCCGUAUCAAAUCCGACGCAACGACCAGUGCCAGCUCUGCAUUCAGAUGGCGAAUAGAAAAUUGGAGGCGGCGAACAAACCUGAGCAGUACGGAUCAGAGUCGAAGAACAAUGUCUACAUCCAUUGGCACCGAUUCCAGACGUCUCGGCAGUGGCUCCGCUCAACCUCGAGAUAGGAUGGACACAUUGUCUAUACCCAUAGAAGAAAGUGACCUUGACCUUGAACUCACAAGGUCACUGACAAAGUCAACCUCUAGGUCAGGUCACGCGGGGAAUCACAUUGGGAGUAUUGUCGAAACAGAGAGAAGUUUCAGAAAGGGUAACAUUGUCCUAGAGCACCUGAGACUAGAACCAAUAAGGCAGGUCUCUUUGGUCGGCAACGAUUCCCUGAUAAAAGAACAGGGUAGAAGAUUUUUGAAUAGCAGGCAGAACUCAAGGAAGCUAUCUUCCACAGAUCGGUCUUUGAUCCGACCUAGUUCUUACGAUCAUGACGGUGGUACGGUGGACGGAUGGUCGCAGAUAGGGAGGAAACGUGCCAAAAAUACCCAACUAGUUUCUCCACCAGUGGGGUCAGCGUCACAUAGGAAUCCAGAAUACAGUGAUAACCUUCAUGAUUCUCGCAACCCCCAUUGCGUGAGAUAUUAUAAGAAAAGGACUAGCAGAAGUUCUCAUACCCCCAGCACCCAUUCUCAAAGAGAGGAUACAGGCAGAGUGGCUCAAAAGCAUAACAUGGCAAGGCGGCAUAGAACUACGCUGGACGGUGAAUAUCAACAUUCCCAUUCUACACAACGAGAAUCCAAAGAACAAUCUUGGAAUAAUCCUCAUUAUCAAAGGCGCAUAGAACACCCCGACAGCAUCGAGGAAAAUCGAGAACUAUAUAAUAUCAGCAGCAUUGCAAUUUCUAGAAAGCUAGACCCUCUAAAUCCAACAGGUGUUCAUGAACAUUCCGAAGCUUUUCAUCGUCCAGAUGGCACGAGGUAUAAACAUUCUGCAGGAAAUACGCAAGGUGGGGAUGAUAUAAGCGGCACUUCGCCAUAUGAAGCAUUAUUUUCCCGAGAUUCGAGAAAGGCUCUACAGGAAUCGUCGAAGACCUCUAACAAAACAAAAGAGAUGGACAAGAAAAGAAAGACUGAAAUACGUAGUGCAAGUCCGCAAGACGAGUCAAUGGUACUUUCGUAUGAACCACAUGGGAGUCACAUGUCUAAUGGUUUACCUGGAGAAAAACAUGCACCAAGAGCAGAAAUGUCAUCGAACGAGAGAAAAGCUAGGAAAAGAUCUAGAAGGAAGAAGAAAAAGAAAUCACAACUAUCACAAGGACAGUUAUAAUUCUUGGUGGAAAUUCUAGCACAGUGGUAACUCAAUGCAGAGCGAAUUCAUAAUACCUUUUCUGAAGAUGCGACGGCUCGAGCUAAAGCAAAUAAUACGAGUAAGCUCUUUAUAGGCUUAUCGUCUGAAUAAAAGAGGAUCUUACUGUACUAAAAAACUUUUGUAAUUCCUCAUAAGUUUUCAACAAGUAUUUUUUUAAAUCAUGCAUUAGCCGUAUCACAGUCUUAAUAAAUCCAAUGUGUUAGUCAUGGGAUAGUUAACAUUUCGGUGAAAAUGAA